GCGAACCAGCAACCGCGGCGCGGCGGACGGCCACCGGCGAGCGGCGAUUCGGCGACGCGAUGUCCAGCCAGAGCCAGAGCCACGGCAAGGGGAAGGGGCCGAAGGGCAAGAUGAAAAAGAAAAGUGCUGCUGAUAGUACCAUAUUUACAAUGUGGGGAAAAGCUUCAAAAGCAAAAAAGAUUGAUGAAAGAUCAACACCUAGUCAGCCAGAGAGUAGUCUGCAAUUGGUUCUAUUUCAAGCACUGGAUGCAGGACUUGAACCGGAGAGCAGCGGCGCAAACCCAGUCCCAAUUAUGGUAGAUAAUGAAGAAAUUGAUGAAGAUGAUGAUGAACCAACACAAGCUGAUUUGGGGGCACUUGAACAUGAUCCUGGGAAGCGAAUUCCCAUCUCAAGGUAUGUUGUCAAUGACCAAGAUAGAGUGAGGAGGAGAUACAUUGAGUUAGGGCCAUGUCAACCAAAGAACCAUAAGUUCAAGGUUACAAAAAAAAGUGGAAUGGACCGUCGCUUUUGCCAUUCUUGGUUUACAGAAUUUCCAUGGAUUGAAUAUAGUGUAGAAAAAGAUGCUGCUUUCUGCUUUGUUUGCUACUUGUUCAAGGAUAGAACAAAAAGUUCGGGUGGAGAUUCAUUUGUGAAGAAUGGGUUUAGGAAUUGGAACAUGAAAAAGAGAUUGGUGAAACAUGAAGGUCAGAUUAGUAGUGCUCAUUGUGAAGCUCAAGAGAAAUAUGAUAUGUUCACUACACCGUUUGCAUCAAUCCGGGAGUCUCUUGCUGCAAACACGUCCCAAUACAAGGCUUUGUAUCUUAAGCGUUUGACAUGGACACUCAAGUGUUUGAGAUUUCUAUUGCGUCAAGGCUUGGCAUUUAGAGGACAUGAUGAAAGUGAGGACUCAGUCAAUAAAGGGAAUUUCCUUGAGCUUUUAAAUUGGCUAGCAGGAAAUUUCGAAGAGGUUGACAAGGUGGUUCUGAACAAUGCUCCACAUAACUGCAAUAUGAUUCACCAUCAUGUACAACAAGAGCUGAUAAAAUGUUGUGCACAAGAGACUACAAAACGAGUCAUUGAAGAGCUUGAUGGUGGUCAGUUUGGCAUACUUGCAGAUGAGUCUAGUGAUGUGUAUCAGAAUGAACAACUGGCUAUUUGUUUGCGUUUUGUUGAUAAGAAAGGAAGGGCAGUUGUAAGAUUUCUUGGUGUUGUUCAUGUUGAAGAUACUACUUCUUUGACACUUAAGUCUGCAAUUCAACAAAUGCUAAUGAAGUACAAUCUGACCUUUGCAAUGGUGCGUGGGCAAGGAUACGAUGGAGCUAGCAACAUGAAAGGUAAUGCUAAUGGCCUGAAAAAACUGAUCAUGGAUGAGUCUCCUUCUGCCUACUAUGUUCAUUGUUUUGCCCAUCAACUACAGCUAACUCUGGUUGCUGUUGCUAAGAAGAGUGGUGAUUGUACUUGGUUCUUUCAACAACUUACAAACUUGUUAAAUGUUCUUGGCAUGUCUUGCAAGAAGAUGAGGAUGCUUCGGAUUGCUCAAGCCAAAGAACUGAUAGCUGCAUUGGAUUUGGAAGAAGUGGAAACAGGGACUGGAACUGUGAACCGCGUCCUAUCAAAUUAUGCUGCAAUAAAACGAGUACUCAGGAAGAUUGGAGACGAAUACCAUGGCGCAGAGGCUCAAGCGGCUCUAACUGUGGAGACAUCAUUUGUCUCAUUUGAGUUUGUUUUCAUGGCACACUUGAUGCAGGAAAUCUUUGGAUACACAGAUGAUUUGAGUAGAGCUUUGGAAAUGAAAGAGCAAGAUAUAGUUCAUGCUAUUGAGCUAGUUGAUUGCACAAAGUUUUACUUGCAGGCAUUGAGGUCUGAUCCUGGAUGGGACGAUUUUCUUGUAACGGUAACAUCUUUCUGUACAAAGCAUAGGGUCAAAGUUGUUGAUAUGAAUGCUCGUUACUAUCCUGUUGGGCGACCUAGAAGAGUUGGUAUCCAUAACGGUGCAGAUAAUUACCAUCACUUCCAUGUUGAUAUGUAUGUGAGUGUUAUUGAUAGGCAGAUUUCUGAGCUAAAUGGCAGAUUUGAUGAGGUAAACACUGAGCUACUUACUUGCAUGGCAGCAUUCUGUCCACUUCGUGCAUUUGCUGCUUAUGAUAAAAAGAAGUUGGUUAAUCUUGCUUCAAAGUUUUAUGCUACUGAUUUCUCAAGUGAUGAACUGGCAAGACUUCCAUGGAAAUUAGACAUGUAUAUUUGUCAUGUGCGCAGAGAUUGA